CUUAUCGUCGAGCCCUGUGUUGAUCGGGAUUUUAAGGGCUGAACAUUGGUCGAUAACGAUGUAUGUAUGAUAGCGCUGAUAAUACAUCAAAUGUCUUGCACAAAUAUUCCGGUGGCUAAAAGCCUAUGGGUGACCACGCUUGGGUGCAAUUUGAUCUUGUCUGAAAGGACGAUCUGAAAGGGCGACCGCGCGAACCAAAACACGAGUUGAGGUACAACCCCAAGCUUUCGACAUGAGUCCGAAAACAUCUACAAGCAUGCAAAAGUCGCGAGCCCAGGAGGGCAGCUUCCCGUCAGUCCUCGAGGAACAUCUGGAUGAAACGUCGCCUCUGCUCCCAGCUUCGCCAUCAAGCCGAUCAACUGCCCGACCAGAAUACGUCGAAUGGCUGGCUGAGAUGUGGUUCUUGACCAAGGCGUCCAUCCCGGUCAUUCUGGCCUAUAUGCUCCAGAAUAGUCUGCAAACGGCCUCGAUAUUGGUUGCAGGGCGAAUUUCCUCGGAAGCGUUGGCAGUCGCCGCGUUCUCCUAUAUGUUUGCAAUGGCAACAGCAUGGCUAAUCGCCCUUGGUGGAACGAGCGCUUUAGAUACUCUAGCCUCGAGCAGUUUCACGGCCUCCAAGGACAAAGGAAACCUCGGUAUUCUUCUGCAGAGGGGAAUCAUCGUUUUAACUGCUUUCUAUGCAGUAGUUGUUGUUAUAUGGGGUCUCUCCGAGCACCUCUUCAGGGCGCUUGGACAGCCAGAGCACAUUUGCAUGCAGAGUUCCAAGUUUCUUCAUUUACUUGCCCCGGGUGGCCUUGGCUAUGUCUGGUUCGAGUGCAUGAAGAAAUUCCUUCAGGCCCAAGGGAUAUACCGACCCGGCACAUACGUUCUUUUUGUUACCUCGCCGCUCAAUAUUAUCCUCAACUAUCUCUUCAUUUUCACUUUUAACUUUGGUGUAUACGGCGCGCCAGUAGCAACGGGCAUCUCAUAUUGGCUCUCGUUUCUUCUCCUAGUGGCUUACGCGGGACUCGUUGGAGGCAAGGAAUGCUGGAGUGGGUUCAAGCCAAGACAAGCUCUUAGAAACCCAUGGCCUUUUGCCAAUCUUGCGUUUUUAGGCGUCAUCCAUGUCGGAACAGAGUGGUGGGCGUUCGAAAUUGUUGCUCUCGCCGCUGGCCGGCUCGGCACCCUACCCCUUGCAGCUCAGUCCGUUGUCAUGACGACCGAUCAGAUUAUCACUACUAUUCCAUUCGGCCUCGGUGUUGCCGAGUCGGCUCGAUUGGGCAACUUGCUGGGGGCUAAAAACUCCAAGGGAGCUAGACGAUCUGCACAUUGCGCUGCUAUCCUUUCCGUCUUCUUCGGCUCCGUCAUUCUCACUAUUUUGUUCGCGACAAGAAAUGUCAUUGGUGGUCUAUUUAGCGAUGACAAGCGCGUCAUUGCCCUUGUUGCUGAGAUUAUUCCAUAUGUUGCACUGUUCCAGGUUGCAGAUGGAUUGAAUGGCAGUUGUGGUGGGGCCUUGAGGGGUAUGGGCCGCCAGUGGGUUGGGGCACUUGUUAAUUGUAUAAGUUACUAUGGAGGUGCUCUUCCUGGGGGGGUUUAUCUUGCCUUCCACGGAUGGGGUCUGGCUGGUCUGUGGCUGGGACAAUGCGUGGCGCUGUCGCUCGUGGGCAUUUUGGAGUGGGUCAUCGUCGGGUUGAGCAACUGGGACAAUGAGGUCCGGAAGGCUGCCGAUCGAUUAGAUGAUAAUGAACAAGAACAGCUUGUCUUACCCAGCUAGUAGACAAUAGAGACCAAAACAAUACGGUCGAAUAUCAAG